GCGAAAUGUCUAUAAACAUCAAAUAUUUAAAAUGACCAAGUUUUUAUCAAUUUUUUCUACUUUUUAUACUAGAGAUUAAAUAUAUUUUUAUAGUAGUUUUUAAUGUUUUACAAUUUUAUAUAAUUUUCCAAGAUGACUAAAGGAAUAAUUAGUUUUAGUGAAAGAAUUGAUGAUUACGAUAUAGCGAAAGAGCCUCUUGGUAAAGGUGGUUUUGCAACAGUAUAUAAAGCAAGAUGUCGACAAACAGGAAUAGAAGUUGCUAUCAAAAUGAUAAACAGAAGAUUAACAGAAGAAGCGGGUAUGGUUGAACGUGUUCGAGAAGAAAUUAAAAUUCAUACUCGCUUGAAACAUCCUGCUAUUAUUGAGUUGUAUACAUUUUUUGAAGAUUCACAGUAUGUUUAUCUUGUACUCGAACUAGCUCAGAAUGGAGAAUUACAGAGAUAUUUUAAGAAAAAUAAUAUGGUGAUGUCGGAUGUUGAAGCAUCCCGUAUAAUGAGACAGGUUGUUGAUGGAUUGUAUUAUUUACAUUCACAAGGAAUUCUUCACAGAGAUUUAUCUUUAUCAAAUUUGUUGCUAUCCCAUGAUAUGCAUGUGAAAAUUGGAGAUUUUGGAUUAGCAAAACAUGCGAAACCUGAUACAACUCAGAAAAAUUUUACUAUGUGUGGUACACCAAAUUAUAUUUCACCAGAAGUGGCAUCUAGAACAUCGCAUGGGCCAGCAGCAGAUAUUUGGGGCCUUGGUUGCAUGUUGUACACCCUGUUGGUUGGGCGACCGCCUUUCGAUACAGAAACAGUCAAAAGUACUCUAACUAAAAUUGUUAUGGCAGACUAUGUUUUGCCAUCACAAUUAUCAUCAGAAGCAAAAGAUUUAAUUCAAAAGUUAUUGAAAAAAAAUCCUGUGAAUAGGAUAACCCUACCUGAGAUUAUGGUCCAUCCUUUUAUGACAAAGUCUGUUUCUGCACACAAAGUAUUUUCCAAACCAUUGACAAAAGAUCAGCGUAAGAUUUUGCAACAACAUCAAAAUACUAAUUCUUCUUCAAGUCAGGAUAGUGGAAUGCAUACAAUGAGCAGUGAUGGUUACUCCACAAACAGAUAUGGGGAUUCAACUAAAUUUGGAAGUUGUCGGUCUCAAUCAGAAGAAUGUUUAACAAUGUCUGAAGCAAAAUCAAAUAUGCUAUAUCAAUCUAAUUGCAAGAAUGAAUAUUCUGUAGGUUCUUGUUAUGGAUCAUUAAACAAUAAUUUUUCAUUAAAUCGACAAAGCAAUUCCUUACACCGAGAAUUCAUGAAAAAUAGCCAACAAUCAAAUAAUAAUAUGGGAUUAGAUAGAUAUGGUUUGGAUGCACCAAAACAAACAUCUGUACCAGGAAAUAAAGUUAAAACGACUCACUCAAUUCAUCAGAGAUAUUGCGAUUGUGAUGACCCAAUUUGCAAAACCAGAAGACAAAUUUACAAUAAACCAGAUACAAAUGAAGUCAGAGAAGUAUUUACUAGACAAAAUCCUAGUACUGGUAUGAAUAAAUAUGACUUUUGCACUAAUAAAAAACAAAUUGAUCCUGGUGGAAUUGCGGCUCUUGGAAAGAAGUUUACUCAAAAUGCUAUUGUUAGUGAAAGAAAGAUAAAUAUUGGGAAUGAAGUAAAUUACUUUGGAGAGAACAUAAAUAUUGACAGUUGUAUGCAAGAGACGCCAAGAAUUCCUCAAAACAGAUUUCGAGCUAAAGAUGCUAAACCGAAUUGUUUAGAAGGCAAAAUGCAGCAUUAUAAGCAACAUAAACACUCUAGUGAGCAAGCAAUUGCUUAUAAUAAUGCACAGCCUGUUCGUGGUUACGAAUCUGAACAACAUAUGUUAAAUGUUGACUGUAACAGUAUCGGUACUGUUCCAUCAAGUACCACCCAAGGCUAUGAAUCUCAACAAGACCAACACAACUUCAAUAGAGAUUGUGGUAUGACUCCUGGUGCUACAAGUUCCAAUGAAAAUUUUUCUGAAGACGAUUAUCCAUUUAAUGAAAGAAUUGGUGUGCCACCUUUAAAUACAAUACGAUUACAGGCGACAAGGCAUAGAACAAAAAAUGCCAUACUUAGUAUCAUAACUACAGGAGAAGUUGUAAUUGAGUUCAUUAAAAAAAGAGGUCGCACUAAAGAGGAAAAAGUUACUGAUGUUUGUAGGAUUUCUGAUGAUGGACUUCGAGUGGUUUUGUAUCAACCUGAUGAAGGAAGAGGUGUACGUGUUUCUUCUGAGCCUCCGCCUUUGCCUUCUUCUGGUACUGAUUCUUUGUUUGGUUAUGAAACUCUACCUGAUCAGCAUUGUCGUAAAUAUCUUUAUGCAGUUCGAUUUAUCAAUCUUGUUAAGGCUAAAACACCCAAAGUCACAUUUUAUAGCAGAUUGACCAAAUUCCAAUUAAUGGAAACUGGAGCUGAUUUUGAGGCUUGCUUCUAUGAUGGUAGUAAAAUAUCUAAAAAUGCUGUAGAGGGUAUCAAAAUUACCAUACCGGAUCAAUGCCCAUAUUUAUGUCCUUAUGACCAGACACCAAACUUAUCUAAUCCUGAUAUGAGAAACAUGUGGGAACACUUUCUUGAAUGCAUGAAACAGUGUCAGCGUUUGGAUUCUCUCUUAUCAUGGAAUAAUCCUUGUGGUCAAAAUUUUCCAAUAGUGGUAGGUAAACGACCACCAGCCAGUACUGAUAAAUUGGAUGCAAAUAAAGAAAAUUUUCCACAUUUGGAGCAUAAGGAUUUAACUGAAUUUACAACGCCUCAGUUUUGUACGACAUCAUCCACAGUGAGUGCAACCCGUUCUGAGCCUCCAAGUAACUUUGCAAUAACUGCCGGUAUGUCCAAUGUUCGCAAUCAAGCUGCAAGAAGAGUACACCCAACUCACACAUCUUCUCCUAGAAGCGUACAAGUACCUGGCAUAGGCGUAGCAACACAACUGCUUUCUGGCGAAGUUCAAGUUCAAUACAAUGAUGGUGCUGUUCUAACAGUACCUCCAAUAUCUCCUGGUGCUGGUAUUCAUUAUGCUGUUGGUGGGUAUGCGGCACAUUUUAGGCCAGAAGAUGAUCUACCACCUAAGUUGAGAGAAAGAUUAGAAAAAAUAUCAACUGUUAUUGAACAUUUGAAAAUGGCUCAACCUGCACAGCCGACACAAGCAACUAAACGAAGACCAGGCUUAAGAAAUUGAUUGCAAUACUAAUAUAUAGCUAAUAUAACUGGGGAGCUUAUACUAAAUGGUUUGAUCUCGUACUAUGUUACAAAUUUGUUCAGGUUUGGAUGCUUAUGUAUUAUCAAAUUUUAUAUUUUUUUAUCUCUGAACUGUUU